AUCGAAGCUCGCGUCCCUGGAAAAAAUAUGCGCGGUGUUUCUCACAGAUAGCGCCAGUGGAAUUGCUCUAUGGCGGGCGGCAUUCAACAGCCCGAUAUUUAUAGACACGAGAGUUUCGUGCAAACGUACAACGUUUUGGGCGUCAAAAUCCCCUCGGUUUCAUCCUCAAUUUCAUUCAUGGCGUAAGAAUUUCGAAUUUUCAGCGCGCCCAACGCCACUUGUUGGUGUCCGUGUAAAGGGCUGACAGUUGUAACGGCGAGUCGUAGUUGCGCAAAUCUACCCAGCCGAUAUACGACGCCUCGGUGCUAUAAGAAUGCAGCAAUGCGUGUAUCAUCCGAGUUUAAACGUUCCGAGCGAGUGUAAAGUACUUUGGUGUCGAGUGACAGUAAAACAAUCGAAAGAACCUGUGGAGUGGCGCGGGAAUACUUUAUUUGAAAAAAUUUUAAAUGAAGGCAGUGUUUAUUCACCAGAAUUUUGUGUGACUUCGAACGAUUUUUAUAUUUCAGUGAAGAUGGCACUUUCCUCAUGAAUUUUACUUCAGUACAGAUAAUUGCCGACUUUUUAAUAAUUUACCACAAUUACUUCACCAAAAGGAUAAGCGGUUUGUACUCAUAUGUGAAAUUUUGAUACAUUAAGUUUAGUACGACGACGUCAAAUAAUCAUCAUACUGUGAGACCAUCAUCAUUGCGAUGAAGUAUGACAAAUGGCAACGUUAUAUCAUCCCUAACGUGUAUACUACAGUCAGAAUGUUGAGCAUAAUUUCUGUCAGAAUGAAAAUUCAACUGGUACUAAGAUUAUGGGAGGCAUGGCUUGAUAUCAGGGUCGAAUAAACCACUGGUUAAACUAUUUUGACUUUCAGUCACGUUUAUCGGUGUAACACCUGUUAAACAUUCGAAACUUACUGUUUAGAAGGAAUGGGCCAUGUAUCAAGGAGAUAAUCAUACCUCGUUUAUAAUACAUGAAUGACACUUGGGACCAAGGACUUUAAUAAACUUACACUUAGAAUAUAUUCCUAUAGCUAAUACUUGUAAUAUACAUCUACUGGAGUAAAAGAGUGUUGUAUACGCACGAUAGAUCUGAUUGAGUAUAAAGAUUAAGUGGUUGAUAUUUAUAGAUACGAGAGUUUCGCGUAAACCUUCAGCAUAUUCAGGUUUUAAGGUUUAGAUGUGUUUACGUAUUUUCGAAAAGUGAUACUGCAGUUAGAUUUUGUGUCCGGGAAGGAAAUGUAUGUUCCACAUUUUCUCAGUUAGAUUCUCAGAUAGUCCAUUAAUUAUAAGGAAAGAAUGUUAAAGCAUUUUUCAGCCAAAUAAAUAUCUUAUUGACACGGCUAAAAUCUUACUGAGGAUAUUAAUAAUAUUGAAGUGAGGAUAGAAUUUAACGAGAAACAAGAUGAUGUUCACGGGUGGAUCUCAUACAAAAAGAAGGAAUGCCAGUGGUGGGUCUGGAACCGGCCGGAAAUCAUCCUUGGAACACAGAAAUACUCACGUCCGUGUCGGUCCCGAAGGAUAUACGUACCGAACAAGAAUACCAAUGUUAAAUCCUGCUGAACUACCACCGGCACCUUCCACUGCUAGGACGUACGUCUACAGGACAAGGGUACCCCGGAGAGAUGGCGCAACCACUUCCUCACCACCUGUCGAGAAUAAAGUUGGGGGUCCAAUUACCAGAAGAAGAGGUGCUGUCAAGCAUAAUAAAGUUCACGUUGUCCGGGGUCAUCGGCUGGUUGCGAAAUUCUUCAGGCAACCGACGUUUUGUGCAUUCUGCAAGGAUUUCUUGUGGGGUUUUGGUAAACAAGGCUAUCAAUGCCAAUCCUGUCAGACUGCUGUGCAUAAAAGGUGUCACGAUAAAUUACUUACCAAGUGCUCUGAGAGUGGAAGAGAAUCCGAAAAUACUAUUUUAUUUCAGCUUUAGGAUGUGAAAAGAAUGCAAAUCCCGAGUGCAGUUAGCCACUGACUGUGAGCUUAGACAGAUGAAGUUUACACGGAACACGUUUACAGGAUGUUGCUGAAGACGGAAACAGUUUAUAGACUCGAUUAUUUUUUUUUUAGAAAGCAGCUUAUCUUCCACCCCAGUGUUGGGAUAAUAAUCACGUGUUUCAAAAUUGUGCUUUCACGAAUGCGAAAAAUUUUUGCACGCUAAACAACUGUUGAUUUGUUUUGGCGAUCAAUCGUAUUUUCACAAAAGAAUGUAUAUCUGAUCAUGAUACUAGUAAAUCAUACGUGUUACUGUGAUGAACCACAUGUAUCACUGUUCGUUAUGUAUAAGGAAAUACAUAUAAUCUCCUUUUUCUUAUCUAUCUAUAAUAAUGAUAAUCUGAUAUUUCUACAUUUUAAUGUAUAUUUAAAAAAAGGUAAUAACUGUUAUUCUUUCUUAUGGCAGUAUCUGAGGGAACGGUUCAAAGUGGAUGUACCUCACAGAUUUCGAUCUCAUACCUUCAUGUCGCCAACCUUCUGUGAUCAUUGCGGUUCCAUGCUCUACGGACUGUU